AGAGGAGAGGGAGGAGAGUGAAGAGUAUAUAAGAGAGUGGAAACCCACGAAAUGAAUGAUUAAUUUUUGAUGCGAUAUAUCGGCAAACGAAGGAAGCGAAAGGAAAAAACAAAAUACUCACUCUGAAGACACACAGCACAGAGAACGCACUCAGAAAGCAUGGCCGAAUACGAAGAGAGAUACGAAGGGAACGGAGAAGAAGAAGAGCUUCACAAUUCUCAUCCUCAUUCCUCUCCUCAACCUACCCAUGACGAUCUCACCGAUUCCAAAUCUCACCAUGGAUCUCGCGAUUAUGACAGAGAGUCUUCCCGAAGCAGAGAAAAGGAGCGGGAGAAAGGGAGAGAAAAGGAUAGAAAAAGGGAAAAGGGGAGGGACAGGGAUAGGGACAGAAGUAGGGAUAGGGAUUCAGAGCGAAGCCGAGACAAGGACAGAGAUAGGGAGAGAAGCAAAGACAGGGAAAGGGAUCGGGAUGGUGAGAAGGAAAGGGACCGCCAUCAUAGAGAUCGACACAGGGAUCGUAGUGAGAGAAGGGAAAGGACAAGGGAUAGAGAUGAUGAUGAUUAUUACAGAAACCGUGAUUAUGACAGGUAAAAAGUUUAUUUGGGAUAUUAAUGCCCUGUAUCAGAGUUGGAGCUUGAGGAUUUUCAUCAGCAUCAGUUUUACAUGAAAUCUAUUGUCUCAUAAGAAUUCACAUCUUAUUUCCAAAACAUCAGCGAUUAUCUUUAUUUUCAAUUAAUUGUUUUCCAUUCAUUUUUAUUUUUCAAUUUCUAUCUGACAUUGUUUGAUAGUACAGACGGAGGGAUUAUGAUAGAGAGGAUAGGCAUAGGCGCAGGUCUCGGUCUCGAUCUAGUUCCCUGUCAAGGGGUCGAUCUGAGCAUAGAUCUAGGUCUCGUUCUCGUUCACGCUCAAAGAGGUAAAUCUUGGAAAAGGUUUUAAGAAUUGAGAUUUCAAUUCCUCCUGAUUUAAAAAUUGUGUUCGAUGGGUUAAGUUUUUCUUUGGAUUAUUGAUUGAUAACUGUUCUUGGCAUGAAAAUUACCAUCAUUGUUCGAAUAGCUAAUUUUGUUUACUUACAGUAAAAGGACUAGUGGUUUUGAUAUGGCUCCUCCUGCUUCUGCAAUGUUGGCCGGUGCUUCUUCUGUUGCAGGUACAUUUUACUCUUGUGUAUAUUAUGAAAAUUUUUAUCUUAACUGCUUUCUUUCUUUGUUUGUCCUAGUAUGGAAAAUUCAUAUCAAAUUGCAUGGUGUUAACUUGGUAAGCUAUGUUCAGUUACUAUCUGAGUAUAUAGCUCUUCAAAGAAUGGUUUCCCAUGGUGUGUAAUUUCGUCUUUCUUUUUACUUAGUGAUAUAAUUCUGGAACUAAAAGAUGCUUUCGUUUUUUGUCUUGUGUUUGGUGUUUGUUUGUUUUGUUUCUAUGUCUUGUCUUAUGUUCUAAGAAGGCAAUGUUGGGCUACUAGCCCCACUGUGCUGACAAUGGGCGUGAGCCGACAUCUGUAGCUUUUAUGUCCACGGAGGAAUCAAUGCACCUGUUUUUGGUGGGUCUUGUUCGUCUUCAACUGGAAACUGUUACCUACUUUGGUCAGAUCACUGGGGCAAAUCCUGCAAUUCCUGGAAUGUUUCCAAAUAUGUUUCCAUUGGCUACAAGUCAGCCAUUUAGUGCUCUCCCUGUCAUGCCAGUUCAGGCUAUGACACAACAGGCUACUCGACAUGCUAGGCGGGUGUAUGUGGGGGGCCUGCCUCCUACAGCUAAUGAGCAGUCAGUUGCAACUUUCUUCAGUCAGGUUAUGGCUAAGAUUGGGGGAAACACUGCUGGUCCAGGCGAUGCUGUGGUCAACGUUUACAUUAAUCAUGACAAGAAAUUUGCCUUUGUGGAGAUGAGGUCUGUUGAGGAAGCUAGCAAUGCAAUGGCUUUGGAUGGGAUUAUUUUUGAGGGGGCACCUGUUAAGGUCAGGAGACCUACUGAUUAUAAUCCUUCUCUAGCUGCUACCCUGGGCCCAAGCCAACCUAACCCAAACCUUAAUUUGGGUGCUGUUGGCUUAACACCUGGGUCGGCUGGUGGACUCGAUGGGCCUGAUCGGAUUUUUGUGGGUGGACUUCCUUAUUACUUUACUGAAACACAGAUCAGAGAACUUUUAGAGACUUUUGGUCCGCUACGGGGUUUUGAUCUAGUGAAAGAUAGAGAAACGGGUAACUCAAAGGGUUAUGCGUUUUGUGUUUACCAGGAUCUUGCGGUUACAGAUAUUGCCUGUGCUGCUCUAAAUGGAAUAAAAAUGGGAGACAAGACUCUUACAGUUAGGCGAGCUAAUCAAGGUGCAAAUCCACAGCAGCCAAAACCGGAGCAAGAGAGCAUUUUAAUGCAUGCACAGCAGCAGAUUGCUCUGCAGAAACUAAUGUUACAACCAGCAUUAGUGGCAACAAAGGUGGUGUGUUUAACUCAUGCAGUUUCUGCUGAUGAGCUCAAAGAUGAUGAAGACUAUGAAGAGAUUCUUGAUGAUAUGAGACAGGAGUGCUCCAAAUUUGGUACUUUGGUGAAUGUGGUGAUUCCUCGCCCACAACCAGAUGGUGAACCUUCCCCUGGAGUUGGAAAGGUGUUUUUGGAGUAUGUUGAUGUGGAUGGUGCUACAAAAGCCCGUGCUGGAUUGAAUGGACGGAAAUUUGGUGGAAAUCAAGUAGUAGCUGUGUUUUAUCCAGAGAACAAAUUUGCUCAGGGUGAUUAUGAAGGCUGAUUGUUCUGUGGAUUAUUUUAUCGUCAUCAGAGAUUUUUUAGCAAGUAUUAUCUUUUGUUUGUAUCAUUAGUAACUUGUAAACUGAGUUGUGGGCGUAGUACAGUAACUGUUCUUUUUAGAUAGAUGCUAGUAGUAAAAGUCAAGAUGGAUAAUUUGUUCGGUAGUUUUACCAGUCUACAUGGAUCUAUCUGUUCCCUUGAGAAAUUAGCAAUGCGCUUGAAUGAGGUUUGUUUUGAAGUGAACUUUUGCAUGAAUAUUGCCAGGGAAUCUAUUGAAUUUAGUGUUAAUCGAUGG